AUAACACAAUUGGAACAAAAACCACGUUGCAGAAGUGUCAAACAAACCAACCGAUGAACCCAAAGAUAAACAUAGGCAAUAAUGUGAUAAAUAAAUCACAAUAAUCACAAUUAGUCUUUUUAGUUAUAAUGGGAUUGCUCGAGGAUACCUUCGUUAUUCUCAUCACACAGAUAUUUUUCUUCGCCGGAGGAUGGGUCUUCUUUGUAAAAAAACUAUUUCGCGAUUACGAAGUUCAUCACAGAUUGGUGCAAUUAAUUUUUUCAACAACAUUUUCUUUGUCAUGUACUAUGUUCGAGUUGAUAAUUUUUGAAAUAAUUGGUAUUUUAGAUUCCAGUUCAAGAUACUUUCAUUGGAACGUUGGUCUCUACAUGUUACUUUUUAUGGUGAUUGUCGUAAUACCAUUUUACAUAGCAUUUUUUAUUAUAAGCAACAUUAGAUUCGUAAAACUAAAUUUGAUCCAGCCAUUGACAAUAUUUAUUUAUUUAUUUUACUUGUAUCUAUUCUGGAAAAUUGGCGACCCCUUUCCAAUUUUAAACCCUACUAAGGGACUACUGUCAAUAGAACAAGGUGUCAGUAGGAUAGGAGUGAUCGGAGUAACUGUGAUGGCACUUUUGUCUGGUUUUGGUGCUGUAAAUUAUCCAUACUCUUCAAUGACCUGUUUUAUGAGGCCUGUAUCUUACGCAGACGUCCAAGCCAUAGAGAAAAGACUCUUGCAGACGAUGGAUAUGAUUCUCGCUAAAAAAAAAAGAAUCGCUUUGGCCAGAAAAAGCGAAGGAAUAUCCAAAGCUGAGACGCGCUCGCGUUUGUGGGGAAUGUUGUCACCUCUGACGAGUAUGAAAGAGUAUACGGAGAAUGUAAAAAAACUUGAGCAAGAAGUCUCAGGAUUAGAAGAAUUAUCUAGACAAUUAUUCCUAGAGGCGCAUGACAUACAAAAUGCUCGUGAACGAUUAGAAUGGGCGGCAACUUGGCAAGGAAAAUAUUUUAAUUUCCUCGGUUACUUUUUCUCAGUUUACUGCAUGUGGAAAAUAUUUAUCUCGACAAUCAACAUAAUAUUUGACCGCGUGGGAAAAAAAGAUCCAGUGACCCGCGGGAUUGAAAUCGCCGUCCACUGGAUAGGUUUUGAUAUCGACGUUACAUUUUGGUCACAGCACAUAUCAUUUUUUCUCGUCGGCUGUAUUGUCGUGACGUCCAUACGAGGACUGUUACUUACACUUACGAAGUUUUUCUACGCCAUAUCCAGUAGCAAAUCGUCAAAUAUUAUUGUGCUAAUACUUGCCCAAAUAAUGGGAAUGUACUUUGUAUCCUCGGUACUUUUGAUGCGUAUGAACAUGCCCGCAGAAUAUAGAAUAAUAGUAACCCAAGUACUGGGAGAUCUGCAAUUUAAUUUUUAUCACCGUUGGUUCGACGUUAUAUUUUUAGUGUCUGCAUUGUCGUCAAUUGUAUUUUUAUAUCUCGCUCACAAACAAGCUCCUAGUGAACGUACGUUGUGAUUUUUAAAAUAAAAUAAUUAUUUUAUAUAUAUAUAUA